ACAGAUAGGGUCCAUAUGUGGCGCAAUCUAAACACAGACGAUAUACAAUUUGCGGAAAGAGUUUCAAACAAAGUCUUAAUGAAGUUGAAAUUUGAAUGGUUUAAGUCUCUUAAGAAGGUGAAGAUUCCGAAACUGCAACUUGUCGCAAUCCCAGGUUUUCGAAAUGAUAUUAAUAUGAACUUUGGACUCGUCGCAAUAAGAGAAACAAGUAUUAUUUACAACGAAAAUCUACAUUCUAUUGCGCAUAAAAUAGAAGCGGCAUGGUCGAUAACACGUGGAAUAGUAUAUCAAUGGUUUGGUAAUUUAAUUAAUCCAUCUUGGUGGUCUAAGUUGUGGUUAAACGAUGAUCUUAUUGCAUUGCUCGGAAUGGACGUUAUGAAUGCCGUCAAUGCUAUUGAGGUUAUUAUGUUUUCUUAAUGUAUAUCUUUAAUGCUGAAUAUAUGUAAUUAUAUGCAAUACUUGAUAUCAAGAUAGUAGGAAAGUUCUGGAACUAUAUAUUUAUAAUUAAAAAAAAUGUACAAACUGUUUAAA